AUCCAAAUCUCUAAAAAAAAAACAGAAUUCUAAUUCCAUUAUCCUCACUCCCUCCUCCACUCUCUCUCGGCGUAGAGAGAAUGGCCGCCGUCGCCGGUCUGCACCUCUCAGCUCCGGUCCACGGCCAGGUCGUACUAAGCUCAGCCAAGUCAACUCUCUUCAUGGCGACCCCGCUCACAUUUCCACUCUCCACUCCCUCCGGAAGGGCGUCGUUUUCUCGGAAACAACUCGUCGUUUUUGCUCGGAGGCUUUCAGGCUUGGAAGAGGCCAUGAGAAUCAAAAGAUUACGCGAGAGUCAAGUUACGACAAAGGUUAGAAGAACGGUGCCAUUGAGGCGUGGAAGAGUGUCACCGACACUUCCUGUUCCAGAUGACAUUCCGAGGCCUCCUUAUGCAGCUACAUCUGUACUGCCAGAAAUUGCCAGUGACUAUCAAUUUCCUGGUUCUGAAGGCAUUGCUGCCAUGAGAGCUGCAUGUGAACUUGCUGCUCGUGUCUUAGACAAUGCAGGGAAGUUAGUUAGGCCUUCAGUAACCACUAAUGAAAUUGACAAAGCAGUGCAUCAGAUGAUUAUUGAUGCUGGUGCUUAUCCCUCACCUCUUGGAUAUGGGGGAUUUCCAAAGAGUGUGUGCACAUCUGUUAACGAGUGCAUGUGCCAUGGAAUACCUGAUUCUCGUCAAUUACAGGACGGAGACAUCAUAAACAUAGAUGUUACUGUCUACCUAAAUGGAUAUCAUGGGGACACAUCAAAGACAUUUCUUUGUGGGGAGGUCAGUGAUAGUAUGCAACGCCUAGUGAAGGUAACGGAAGAGUGCUUGGAAAGAGGCAUAGCAGUUUGCAAGGAUGGUGCUAGCUUCAAGAAAAUUGGAAAGAGAAUUAGUGAACAUGCUGAAAAAUUUGGUUAUGGCGUGGUAGAACGUUUUGUUGGGCAUGGUGUGGGUACUGUAUUUCAUUCUGAACCAUUGAUAUUACAUCACCGCAAUGACCAGUCUGGUAGCAUGGUUGAAGGUCAAACAUUUACUAUUGAACCCAUCCUUACUAUGGGAAGCAUUGAGUGCGUAACAUGGCCAGACAAUUGGACAACUCUAACCGCCGAUGGUAGCCCUGCCGCGCAGUUUGAGCAUACCAUUCUGAUUACUAGAACUGGUGCUGAAAUUUUAACCACAUGUUGAUAUGGUAAAGGUCCUUUGGCCGGUUAGUAAAAACCAGCAAUGUUGUGUCGGGAUUUUGAAAAUGCAGCCUCAAAUUCGAUUACUCACCGUCCAAGUCUCCGUGACGGUGUGAAGCUUCGGCCAAUCAACACGUGUUCCUUUCCGGCAGAUUUCUGGUGUAUAUAUAAUUUCAGUGCUAGUGAAUUUUCCCACCUGGAUCAGGCACCCUAGUCAUACCUUCGAAACAUUCAAGCCUGAUUGCCUAUUUUGUUCGUGCUUGCUAUGGCAUUAUGUGGUGGUGUAGCUGGAAUUGCUUGACAUGUAGAUUGGUCAAUAUAAAUCUGUAAAGAUUGAAGAACAUGGACUUUUCAGAGACUUUGGAAAUUAGCUCGAGUGAGAUUGG